AUGGCCGGGGUCCCGGCGGUGGCGGCCGGAGUGGCAGCAUCGGCGGUAGCUCCAGCGGCGACGGCGGCGACCUCCGAUGGCAGUGUUCCCCCCGCGGCGGCGGCGGGGGGGAUGGCCGGAGGCCCCGCGGUGGCGGCCGGAGCGGCAGCAUCGGCGGCAGCUCCGGCGGCGACGGAGCAGCGGCAGCAUGAGCAUACGACGGAGCCGGAGAGCAGGGGGGAGAGCGGAGCAGCGCGCAGCGCGGUGUUGGCAGAACUUGCGCGGACGGCGGGGGGGCCUUCGCGGGUGACCACAUCUGCGGCACCUGUUGCCACACCUGCCCCCGCGCACUCGGCGGCGAUGGCAUCGGACGGACUGUGGACGGAGAUGGUGCAUGAGGGCGGUACAGGCGGACGUCGUCGGCAGGGGCAGCGGGAGUUUGUAGCGACCCCCGCAGUGACGAGGUCGCGGGCGAAGCGAGAUGGGCCGGGGCCGGGGAUAUUUGCUCUUCUAGCCACGGAGGACGAGAUCAAGCGGUCUAUCGCCGAGCUUCCUGCACCGGGCGUCGCUGAGCCAGCGCUGCCGACGGGGCUGGCGUGGCGACCUGGAGACGCCUGAGACAUACGGGGAGGCGCACGCGGGGCCCCACCACCACAUCUGGACCAACGCCGAACGCAAGGAGUUUUUCGGGCUGAAUGCAGUGGGCACCUUCGAGGAGGUCGGGGCGGAAUAGCAACGAGGGACGAACGUCAUCUCCGCCAAGUGGGUGUAUUCAUGGAAGGGAGACGAGUUUGGGUAUGCUGUGCGUGCUAAGGCUAGGUUGGUAGCCCGUGGGUUUGCGCAGCGUGAGGGUGUUGACUUCUUUGAGACUUUCUCCCCGUGUCCUUCCAUCACGAGCAUUCGAUUGCUAGCCGCCAUUGCCUGUGUGUUAGAUUGGGACUUGUGCCAUUUCGAUGCCGAGCAAGCCUUUGUCCAAUCAGAACUGGAUGAGGUCGUGUUCAUUCGUCUUUCCCCUGGGUGCGGUGCGCGUUCCGGUAAGGUCGUACGGUUGAGACGGAGUCUAUACGGUCUGAAGCAGGCGUCCCGCACAUGGCAUCAUCACUUGAUGCGUGGCAUGAAGAGUCUUGGUUUCGAGCCUUGUGCCGCCGAUGCGUGUGUGAUGCGUCUGAUCGAGAGCGGUGUAGUCACCAUGGUGGUUGUGAUCCACGUAGACGACAUCUUCUCUAUCGGGCUCAAGAGCAGGUGCGAUCAGUUUGGUGUUGACCUCAACCGGUAUGUGCCCAUUUCCAACCUUGGGGAACUGCGCUGGUAUGCGGGUUGCCGGUUUUCUCGUGACACGGUGUUGGGGACGGUGACUAUUUCGCAACAGGCUGUAGCGGAGAAGAUCGUUGCCAAGUUCGGUGUGACGACGGACAAAGAGACACCUAUGGUCGUUGGGUUGAAGCUUGAGCAGUACGACGCCGACGAGCCCGAUGUCGACGAGCCUUUCCGGUCGCUCGUGGGACACUUGAUGUGGCUGGCGAAUCGAAUCAGACUCGCUCGGAU